AUGAAGAAUCUAUGUUUGAUUGAAAUAGAAAAGUUGCUUUCGAUCAACGGUAAAUCUCUUGAAGACUUUGAGACCAUGCCACAACCUUCAGGUUCAGAGAUGGCGCAAUUUAGAAAUAGUUUAAUGGUUGCCGAAUUAAACUACGACAGGAAAAAUUUGUCAGCACUUCACAAGACUCUGAUGUCGUCUUUGACUGCCGAAGAGAUGUCGGUUUACCAAAAAAUCAUGAAUUCUGUUACAACUGGGACUGGAGGUUUUUAUUUCUUGCAUGGAUAUGGAGGCACAGGAGGAAAAACGUUCAUUUGGAAAACUUUGUCAGCGGCUGUUAGGUCCCAAGGAUUGAUUGUUUUACAUGUCGCUUCGAGUGGGAUUGUUGCUCUAUUGUUGCCUGGAGGCAAGACAGCACACUCUAUGUUCUGUAUUCCUUUAGUUGCAACUGACACGGCCACGUGCAACAUUAAAAAACGAACUGACAGAUGCAAUCUCAUAUUGCAUGCUUCCCUUAUAAUAUGGGAUGAAGCGCCUAUGUUGAAUAGAUUUUGUGCCGAGGCUGUUGAUCGUACAUUGAGGGACAUAAUGAGGGAUGUGGAUGAUUCAAAUCAGUAUAAACCAUUUGGCGGUAAAGUUGUUGUAUUUGGUGGCGAUUUUAGGCAAAUAUUACCUGUGGUCAGAAAGGGCUGUAGGAACGACGUCGUGUCUGCUUCAAUUAACUCAUCUGAACUUUGGAAAUAUUGCAGGGUGGUGACAUUGUCAAAGAACAUGCGACUCUCCGCAACAAACUCCUCUCAAAACUCAGAUGAUAUAAAAGAUUUCUCAAAUUGGCUGCUUGACAUUGGAGAUGUAACCUACCCUGAUAUUUUAAGUAACAUGUACAAUCUGAAAUACUACGAAGAAAGGGCAUUACUUACACCUACGCAUGAUUCUGUUGAUGUGGUUAAUGAUUUUGUUAUGUCCUUGAUUCCAGGAAAUGAGAAGGAGUAUCUCAGCUCUGACUCAAGUGUUAUUUCUGAUGAGAAUUCGUCGGUUCAAGCAGAUUGGUUCACACCAGAAUUUCUAAAUGACAUGAAAUGUUCUGGUAUGCCAAAUCAUCGAUUAAGGUUAAAGAUCGGUGUACCUGUCAUGCUGCUGAGGAACAUAGACCAGUCCAAUGGGCUAUGCAAUGACACAAGAUUGUUGAUAAAUGAACUAUGUCAAAACAUCAUUGGUGCCACUGUUAUAACAGGUAAAAACAUUGGUGACAAAAUCUACAUACCAAGGAUGAAUUUAAUUCCUUCCGACCCGAGCUUUCCGUUCAGGUUUCAAAGGAGACAGUUUCCCGUUGCACUGUGUUUUGCGAUGACCAUAAAUAAAAGCCAAGGUCAGUCACUAUCGCAGGUCGGUUUGUAUUUACAACGCCUGGUAUUCACUCAUGGUCAAUUAUAUGUUGCUGUUUCAAGGGUUAAGUCUAGAAAAGGAUUGAAGAUUCUUAUUUUAGACGGUGAGGAAAGUCCGUGUACCGAAACUAUAAAUGUUGUUUAUAACGAAGUUUUUGAUAGUUUGUAA